UCCCCCUCCCCUCCUGUUCUGCGCCCAAACCACCACCCGCCCCCUCCGCCGCAAUCCCCAGACCAAUCACCGGUCCACCGCCCAGAUGGCCGAGACGGCGGCGGCGGCGGCGCCCGAGGGGAUCAACCCGCGCAGCGGCUACUGCGCGGCGACGCGGACCUUCCACAGCCUCCGCUCCGCCUCGGCGGGCGCGCUGCCGCCGGAGUCGCUCCCGGUCACGGCCGCGGCCUACGCCUUCUCGCUGCUCGCCUCCCCGCUCCCCGACCGCCCCGCGCUCGUCGACGCCUCCACCGGCAUUGCCGUCUCCUACCCGUCCUUCCUCGCCGCCGUCCGCUCCCUCGCGGGCGGCCUCUGGUCCUCCCUCGGCCUCCGCCCCGGGGACGUCGCCCUCGUCGUCGCGCCCUCGCGCCUCGACGUCCCCGUGCUCCACUUCGCGCUCAUGUCCAUCGGCGCCGUCGUGUCCCCCGCCAACCCGGCCUCCACCCCCGAAGAGUACGCCCACCAGGUCGCCCUCUCCCGCCCCGUCGUUGCGUUCGCCGCCCCCGAGGUCGCCGCCAAGCUGCCCGGUCACCUAAGGUGCGUCGUCCUCGGGUCCGAUGCGUACAAGAGCCUGGCGUCUGCCGGCGCAGGGUCCGCUCCUCCGCCGGUCGCGGUGAAGCAGUCGGACACCGCGGCCGUGCUCUACUCCUCGGGCACGACCGGCCGGGUCAAGGCCGUCGCCAUCACCCACCGCAACCUCAUCGCGCUGAUCUGCGCGCACGCCGAGAACCGGGAGAGGGUGGCGGCGGAGGCCACCGAGGCGGGCGAGGAGCCGCCGCCGCCGGCCGUCACGCUGCUCCCACUCCCCAUCUUCCACGUCUUCGGCUUCAUGAUGGUCCUGCGCUCCGUAUCCAUGGGGGAGACGGCCGUGCUCAUGGAGCGGUUCGACUUCGGCGCCGCGCUGCGGGCCAUAGAGCGGUACCGCGCCACGCUGCUGCCCGCGGCGCCGCCCGUCCUGGUGGCCAUGAUCAAGUCCGAGGAGGCGCGCCGCCGCGACCUCUCCUCGCUCCUCGUCAUCGGCGUCGGCGGCGCGCCCCUCGGCCGCGAGGUCGCCGAGCGCUUCGUCGCCGUAUUCCCCAACGUGCAGAUUGUUCAGGGCUACGGAUUGACAGAAUCAUCCGGCUCUGUUGCCUCGACGGUAGGGCCAGAGGAGUCCAAGGCGUACGGCUCCGUCGGCAAGCUGGCGUCGCACUUGCAGGCGAAGAUAGUAGAUCCGUCCACCGGCGAGGCGCUCGGGCCGGGCCAGCGCGGCGAGCUCUGGGUCAGGGGCCCACUCGUCAUGAAAGGUUAUGUUGGUGACGACAAAGCAACUGCAGAAACAGUGGACUCAGAAGGCUGGCUGAAAACUGGUGAUCUUUGCUACUUCAAUGAAGAUGGAUUUCUCUACAUUGUUGAUCGUUUGAAGGAGUUGAUAAAGUACAAAGGAUACCAGGUUCCUCCAGCUGAACUGGAGCAUAUUUUAACAUCACAUCCUGGAAUUGCUGAUGCUGCAGUUAUUGGAUAUCCAGAUGAAGAUGCCGGGCAACUGCCAAUGGCUUUUAUAGUGAGGCAACCAGGUUCCAACCUUACUGGGCAACAAGUCAUGGACUACGUGGCUAAACAUGUUGCGCCCUACAAGAAAAUCCGCCGAGUCGCCUUCGUCAAUGCAAUAACCAAAUCACCUGCUGGAAAGAUCUUGCGGCGGGAGCUUGUGCAGCAGGCCCUGUCGAUGGGUGCCUCCAAGCUUUGAGAUGUAAUUUGCUGUGCAAAUGUAGAAGAUUUCUUUUGCUGUAUAUAAACUGGAGAUAUGACACUAUUCUUCGUCAACCAUUGGUCACCCUGUUUCCUUGUGAACACCGGGUGCCCUUCGCGAAACAAAUAUUUUUGAGUUAAGAGGGUCCGAGAGAACAGGCUGAUCAAACAUGUCUUCUCUAAUGACGGUUAAAAGUAAUCUGCUAUUGAUCAAUUCACUCA